GAUUUACGUUUCCUAAAUUGCCACUUGAGUGAAGACGUUAACAGUGCGGACGCAGAUAUGGAAAAGGAUGCUCGACCUAACUGGGACAGUCCCUUGCAGUUCGUGUUGGCAUGUGUUUCUUAUGCUGUCGGACUGGGGAACGUGUGGCGGUUCCCCUACCUGUGCCAGAUGCACGGCGGAGGAAGUUUCUUGAUUCCAUAUCUAUUGAUGUUGUUAAUUGAGGGUGUACCCUUAUUCUACAUGGAGCUUGCCAUUGGACAAAAGAUGCGCUUGGGAAGCAUUGGAGCCUGGUCAGCAGUUAGCCCUUAUUUGGGAGGAGUGGGUCUUGCCAGUGUUGUGGCAUCCAUUUAUAUCUGCCUCUACUACAACAUCAUCAAUGCAUGGAGCUUCUGGUACCUCUUUAAUUCAUUUCAAUCUGUUCUGCCCUGGUCAAAUUGCCCGGUUAAUGCUAACCUGACAGGCCCUGUAGAGGAAUGCCAAAAGGCUUCUCCAACCCAGUAUUUCUUUUUUAGAGAAACACUGAACAUUGCUUCUUCAAUUGAAGAGAAUGGAGGCAUUCGAACAAGCCAGGCUUUGUGUUUCCUGCUGGCUUGGGUGAUUACCUACCUCUUCGUUAUCCAUGGAGUAAAGUCAUCUGGCAAGGUGGUUUACUUCACUGCUACAUUUCCCUAUGUGGUGUUGGUUAUCUACCUCAUUAGGGGUUUAACUCUUCCUGGUGCCAUCAAUGGUAUAGCAUACAUGUUCACCCCCAAGUUGGAAGAGCUGGCCAAUCCCACUGCAUGGAUAAAUGCUGCCACGCAGAUUUUUUAUUCUCUGGGUUUGGGAUUUGGGUCACUGAUAGCAUUUUCCAGCUACAACCAGUACAACAACAAUUUUGAGUAUCAGGCCAUCAUUGUCUCUAUCAUCAACAGUGGAACAUCCAUUUUUGCUUCCAUCGUCACCUUUUCUAUAUAUGGCUUUAAAGCAACAGUUAACUAUGAAAACUGCCUGGAGAGGACACGCAUAUUGCUGCUGAAUACUUUUAAUCUCGCAGAGGACACUAUUAACAUGGACAAUGUGUUUGAAUGGGUUCAAAAACUCAAUGCAACAUACCCGGAGCAGAUCGCUGAGCUUGGCAAUAAACUGGAAGAGUGUGACUUAACGAGUGAACUCGACACAGCAGUGGAAGGUGUUGGUCUUGCCUUCAUUGUGUACAGUGAAGCCAUUCAAAACAUGCCCUUGCCUCAAUUAUGGUCAGUGCUGUACUUCUUCAUGCUCCUGCUCCUGGGAUUGGGUAGCAUGCUGGGCAACUUGACCGCCAUCACCACCCCACUGCGAGACUUUAAGCUAUUCGCUAAUGUUAGCAAUGAGGUGUUAAACGGGACAGUGUGUGUCAUCUUGCUGCUGUUCGGCCUGGGCUUUACCACCCCCUCUGGAAAUUACUGGUUUACCAUGUUCAAUGAAUAUGGAGCAUCUUUCUCCCUGCUCUUUGUCGUCCUCAUUGAGAUUAUAACCAUCAGUUAUAUUUAUGGACUUAAAAGGUUUGAAAAAGACAUCGAAGACAUGAUUGGUCACCGUCCAAACUGGUAUUUUAAAAUUACGUGGGGAAUAAUAAGUCCCCUUCUGCUAAUAUGCCUCUUCAUCUUCUACAUUGUCAACUAUAUUAGAGGAGGGACACUCACCUACCAAGCAUGGGACAGGAACCUGGGAAAGUCAGUGGCGACAGACUAUCCUAUUUUUGGUCAAGUCUUCAUUGCAUUGCUGCUGGUGUCCGCAGUCAGCUGUGUUCCCCUCACAGCUCUGUACGUGUACUGCACGAACAAGAAGCAAAGACUUGUUAAGGAGGGCCCUUCGAUCAGCACCAUAUCUGCUUAG